CAGGCCAAUGCUGCUUCUGGAAUGGCUGUGCACGAUGACUGCAAGCUGAGGUUCUUCGAGCUAAAAGCAAAGAGGAGCUAUCGUUUCAUUUUGUUUAAGAUUGAGCAACAGCAAAUUGUGGUUGAUACGCUCGGAGAACCCAAUGCAAGUUAUGAUGACUUCACCUCCAGUUUUCCUACUAAUGAGUGUCGUUAUGCUGUCUACGAUUUCGAUUUCACUACCGAAGAGAACUGCCAGAAGAGCAAGAUUUUCUUCAUCGCAUGGUCACCGGAUGAAUCAAAGGUGAGGAUGAAGAUGGUGUAUGCAAGUUCCAAGGACAGGUUCAAAAGAGAAUUGGACGGCAUUUCAUUUGAAUUGCAAGCAACAGAUCCAAGUGAGAUGAGCUUGGACAUAGUGAAGGGGCGAGCCUGCUAA